AUGGAGGCAACUGCUAGACACGAAUUCAAUGCUACUGCAGAUGACGAGCUUUCUUUUAAGAAGGGAAGCAUUGUGAAGGUAAAACGGAAGCCAGAAAUACCGUGUAAUUUGGUUGUCGACAUCCUAUCAUUCGCCCAAUACAAAAGAAUUGCGUAUGUUCCUUGUACGUUUCAUUGACUAUUUUUGCCACUUUUUAAUUUAAGAUCAUUCGGAAAGGCGAGGAUAAAAAUUGGUUCACUGCUGAACAAGACGGACGCGAAGGGCUUGUUCCAGCGAACUACAUCGAGCUAAAGCCGCACGAGUACGUGAGCAAGAAUUUAAACUUAAUUACUUAAAUUAAGCUUAUUAGUCUCUAUAAGUUUGGCACCUUAAAUUUUCCACAAGUUAACUGAUAUUUUUUUGAUAGUCACAUAUUCCCAGGACAGAAUCGUAGAAAAACAGAAGGUCAACCCCUUCUUUUUAAUCAAUAAAGGUGUACCCUUCUUACACCAAAUUUAUCAUGACGAGUGCAAUCGGUAAAAUCAGAAACUCACCAAUCGUAAACUCGAUAACUAUCGAUAAUUCCUGAUUGAUUGAUAUCGUUUAUGUCUGUCAAUUUUACCUCGUGAAAAAAAAUUGAAAAAAGGGGUACCCUUUAUUUGGUGAUGGCGUCUUUCACAAAAUUUAUCCUGACGAGUGCAAUUGGUAAAAUCCGAUCUUAAAAUCGAUAACUAUCGAUAAUUCCUAAUUGAUUGAUAGGCCAUCCCCCCUUUUUUUCGUUUUUUUCAUAUUGGGUCGGUUGGUCGGAUUGAGAAAAAAAAAAAAAACUAAAAAAGUUUCAGAAUAGGAGGCCUUGGUACCCCAGGACGACGUUAAAAGUUAACAUUCACAGAUUUGGAUUAACAAAAUACACAAUAUACUGUAAAAAAUGUUCCUGUUUUUGUUCCUGUUUUUCUUUAUGCUGUUACUUUGCUCAUUUUUCAGAUUAAAAGAAAUAUUUCAAGUGAAAAACGGUUUAACGACGUCGUUACUUUUUUUUGGAAUGUGCCAAAAAUUUGGGUCAGUCAGACGACACUAAACAGAGAAAAAAAAUCAAUAUUUAAAAAAAACUUUGACAAAGAUAUUGGAGUAAUCGAUAAUAAUCUUCCUCUAUCGAUUUUUAUAGUUUUUCAUUUAAUCAAUCAAUUUUAUUGAUUACUAUCGAUUGUUAUUGAUUGUUGACUUUGUUGAUUGCACUUGUCGACACGUGUGGUGUGGAUCGAUGAUUUGUUUAAAGUUUUGUUGGCAGUGUUUGAAAACAACAUAAGUUUACCAGGAAUGAUGUUCUUUAGCUUGGGCACUGAGUGAUCUGAUGGUUUCCCGAAUGCAAUUCUGGUGUCACCCUUUACAGUGGUGUUUGUAGUAUUGGGAAUUGGUUGAGGUUUCAUAAAUCAUCAUCAGAAGUAAUCAGAGUGAUCAUCGGUUAUAAUUUUUAAGAAUUCCUUUUUUUUCACCUGUGUGCUAGUCAAAGUAUUAUUUAUAAACUUUUUAGUUUUAUGAUUGUGGACCACUUUUAUCAAUGCACAAUCAAAUGUGAACCAAAUCAAUAGAGAGAAUUAAACGUCGCUCAUGUACCACGUUUUUCAAUCCAACAAAAACAUGCAAAAUGUAUCAGAAAAGGCUCAUCAAUGGAUUUUGGUUGCAUUACCAGUUUUGUCAUUUUAUUUAUCAACAAGAAAUAUUUCUAUUAAGUUUUUGCAGUAGUCAGUGAGACCCUCUUAUGGGGGUUACUUAUGUCCCUAGUCUGCAGAAUUUCAAAACCUGUUAUUUGGUGUAUUGAGGAGGAAGUCAUGUCACUGUGGGUGUGUUAUUAUUGUAUUGGUCUUUUCUCUGUUGCUGUCACAGUUUCAACUUGACUUCGUGUCGUUUGUCACCAUUUCUGCUGUCCUAUGUCACUGCUCCAAGACCAUGUAUGUCGCUUGUCAGAAUUUUACCCCAACAGGGCUUUGUCAAUUGAUCAUUUUCCAUAAUCAAUAAUUAUUAUUCCAUUGCUUUGGCCUUUCAUUCGAUCAAUGAUAUCAUCAUUGAUGAUUAGCACACUACUACAGUGGGAGAUUCCUGCUCAUCCCGAACUCAAGACAAUAGGCAAGUCAGGCCUCAUAAAUAAUUAUUGUCUUAGCCUUGUAGGCUCUUUUUGGCACUGGUCUCAAGUGUUUUCUCUUGAUCUACCAUGGUACUAGGUGGUUGGAUAUGGUAAACCAUUCCACUUUGUUUAAACUGAAUCACUCUGAGUUAGGAAACUUUUAAUGUAAUACAUCUUUGCCAGAGCAAGGGGUCAACAUACCGCUAGUGUAACAAUAUUAAUAAGUGAAGUCUUGAUUAAUUGCUAUUGUGACCAUUCCACUUGAUUAACCAUUCUUCACUUCAGCAUUUUGAUUUUGGCUUGAUCAUGGUAAAAAGGUUCCUUCAGGAAAAGAGUGUCAAAAUUUCUUGUGGUCUUUUUCUCAAAUCACCUAUUACUUUAUGAAAUAGUCAGACGUUAAUUGGUGUGUUAGACUGAGGAACUAAGACGUUUCUUGUUCACAUGUCAUUUUGUGCAUCGUCGGAGACCCAGGGACAGUCAGUCAGGCGGGGAGAACAGUAGGCGCGAUAAAAGUUUUUAAGCACGGGCAGAAGAGCCCCUGGUUACCCACUCUCACUCGACCAUUUCCAAAUGGUCAAGCGAAUGCUACCCCCUGAUUGGGCGCAAAAAAUGCUUUGCAUUAUUGUGCCCAAUCGGCAAACAGCAUCUGGUGAGUUCUUUUCGUGAGUUUGUAGGUGACAGCUUUUGUCUCGCCAUACUUGUCUGGCUCGUGCACCAAAGAAAUGCGGGCAGUCAGGAAACUUUCAGUUUGAUAAACUCCUCAUUUCAAAAUUCAGUCUACCUAAAAACAGAAACAUGGGAACAUAUGUAAGGGUAUUGGGAACAUAUGUAAGGAUCUUUGUUAAGCCGCUUUACCAAAAAUACAAGCUUGAGCUUACAACAGGUAUUCAAGCCUGCAUCAAUCACGCUUUGAUAAAUAUUUGUAAGGUUCAGAUACCACAAUGGCAACAGCCACAAAAACGUCACUUGAAAAGUGAAUUCACGUUUUUUCACUCACUAUCGUGAUUUAAUACUCCAACUUGUUUACUUUGUAAAGGCAAGCGAACUCUUCUGGAGCUGAAUUCCUAUCAACCAUUUCCACGGUUAGAAAGAGGAAGAAAAUUUUGUCAUUGCUUGUUUACUUACUCCACAAAACGUGAAAUUAGACUUUUUCACUUGGCAGCAUGCAGUGACAGCAAAAAAAAUGUGCAAGAAAAGCAUGAUGCUCAUACCAAGUUGUUGGUUUGCGUUGUCAAGCUUAUUGCUUUUUUGAUACCUUGUGAUCAGUAAGAAACAUAAUUUUCUAGGUGCAAAUUUGUGAGGAAUGCUCCUGCUGAUAGCAUCCUAAACGUUUUUCUGACUCAUUGGUAGUUCCUUCGUUUCUGGUUAGGAGAGUAGAAAGUUUCCCUUGCACACACAAUCUUGAUGAACAAGUAUGGCGAGAAAAUAGCCGUUGUGUACGAACAGACAAAAAGAACUCAAGAGAUGCUGUUUGCCGAUUGGGCAAGAUAAUACAAAGAAUUUUUGGUGCCCAAUCAGAUGUUAGCAUUUGCUAGACUGUUGGAAAUGGUCUGGUGAGAGUUGGUACCCAGGGGCUCUUCCACCUGUGCUUGUAAACUUUUGUCGCGCCUACUUUUCUCCUGGCCCGACUGACUGGCCCUGGUUCUCCGAGGAUGCAUUUUGUGUUGCACGGUUAAAAUGUUGCCCUUCUACCACCCCUUGAGAGUUUCUCAAACAUGGCCAACCAAGCCAGUGUUAAUUCUGCAGCCAGUUUUAGGUCACUGAUGUGGUGUGUACGUGUGUGUGUGUUUGUAGUCUGAAUGUAACAUUCUCCUCAGUCUGCAUACAUGUGUAGUUAUUCAUGUCAUACCCAGCCUUACCCAACAAUAUUAUUUCGCUUUUCGUCAUUAUUAAAUUUCAGUUGGUUUCAAGGCAGUGUGACCAGGCAACAGGCAGAAGAAAAGCUUAUGAAGCAGUCACACGAUGGGGCAUUCCUUAUUAGGGAGAGUGAGAGUGCACCAGGUACAGCGUAACUUUUGACCGAGACUGGGUCGGCUUUGUGUCAAGUUGUACUGUAGGAUUGUUUUGGGCAAUGCUUCAGGUAGCGUAAGAAAACAUCUGAUUUCGAAAUGGCAUCUACAGAACAGGUGCAGGAAUUCCAGGACAGAGUUCCAGAGUGCAAAUCAGCUCAAAGUCAACCCAGUCUCACAUUUAACCUCAAGAUGACCAGUAAAAAUAUUAUACCAUGCACAGAAUACAAUUGCCAUUUUUGUUUCUUUGCAUCAUGGAAUCGCACUUAUUGAAACAUGUCAAUAGUAAAUACAAAUUUUUCUGUCAAUCAAAUGUGUCCUAUUAUUUGUAGGUGGAAAUUGGUGAAUUGUCUUGAUUGUUUUGGAGACAACAGAAGAACAUCUUGUUUUUUCUAAAUUUGUCAACUAAUCCCAUAAUUGCACAUAUUUGAGUUUUUUGUGUGAUGUCAUGUUUCUUUACUGUAUUGAGCCUUGAUGAAACAGCUGCUGUACACUCUAAAGGAAAUCUUUAGUCUAGAACGCUAGCAGGUUAGUAAUAUUGUAGAAAACAGAGCUUCUCUUUACCUUCAUAAAAACAAUACCAGAAUUUUUUUAUUGUUUAAUUAGUUUUACUGUAAACAUUUGGUUGGUGACACUUUUUUGCGUAAUGCACAGAUCUGGAAAGUUAACACUAGUCAAUGUUAAGUAGCAUCAUUAACUGUAUACUAGCGUAAGUAGUGAUUAGCUAAUGCUUAAAAUGCGUAGUAAUUUAGUUUUUUUGUUUGUUUUGUAGGAGAUUUUUCAUUAUCUGUGAGGUAAGAUUUUGUCAUUUUUGGUUAAAGAGAGGGCAAGAGUGUUAGUUUUAGAAUAAAUUAGUGAAUAAUUUGGUGGAUUCAAGAUAAGGAGUAAACAAUUUAUUGGAUAUCUCAAGUCUCAAACAAUGUUUUGCAUCACUGUUCACAUGUCCCUCUCCUUCCUACAAGGCAAGUGUUACAGAGUUAAUUUGCUCAAGUCAAUAAAGCUCCCAUCUUUCUGCACCAUGUUGGAUUAUUAUUCCAAAGUUUGUGUUACCAAGAGUUUCUUCUUCUGCACUUCUGCAUGCUACCUUAUGCUCGCUUUAUUUUGUAACUUACCCACCCUUUUUCUCAUGUUAAUAGAACACUGUUGCUAGUGGAGAUUGGGACCAAUAGUGGACAGGCAUUAAAAUUUACAAACACUCAUAGUUAGUCCCCUCUACGAACUAUGAAACACUUUAUAGAAAAAGAAAUCAGUGAAAACAAGGAACUGCACUGAAAGUCAACGAAAAGUGAAAAAUCACAGAAGUCAGCAUAAAAAAAAGGCAAAUUGACAAAUCUCACUCUAUUUUUCAGAAGAUCUUGUAGUUGGUCAAAAUAUUAAUUUGUACCUUUGCGCUUCGAAGCCAACACAGCAGCUAUGGAAACCCUGAAACACUUUUCCUUGCUAUAAAAAAACAAAUGUUCACAAAAGGAAAAGCUGCUCUGCCCACUAAAAUAGAAAAAUGCAGAUAUCAAGCUCAAAAACUGAAAACCAAACCCAGAUAGGGCUAAUCAGGCCGCAAGUGGCAGCCAUUGCUCCCUCUUAGUAGAAUGCAAAGCAGUCUCCCAGCUUUUGCUAGAGCUCUUUGCACCAUUUCUAGAACAAAAUAAUGUGUGAUUUUGUGGGUGACAGUUUUGCCACCUCUCUCAUUUUUUGCUUGGGGAUGGGUCAUAUUUCGUGUACAAAACAAUUCACUGAAGGUGAUCAUUUUCAUUUUUUGUCAGUCAUUCCAAUUUUUUAUUUUUAUUCUCUCACUUGCCACAAAUAGCUAAAGCUAGUCUACAUGAUGUAAGUGGACAGUAUCUAUAGAUACAAAAAAUAUGCACUCCAAAAAUUUUAUAUUAAAUUUACAAGUUAGUAAAGGAAAGUUAUUUCUGUAAGUGUAUGAACAUAAAAGAAUAAAUUAAGUCAGGCUAUCUGGAGUACAAAAUAUAAAUCAGACUUUCUUCAGGCAGACCAAUAUCUCUGAUAACCAGAUUAAUAAAGCACUAAUUAUGGUCAGGUUGACAGCUCAUUUGUGGGUACUAAACUUGUUGUUUUCUGUGUUGCAGGUUUGGUGGUAAUGUGCAACACUUUAAAGUUCUACGUGAUGGAGCUGGAAAGUAUUUCUUGUGGGUUGUAAAAUUUAAUUCAUUGAAUCAGCUGGUGGAUUAUCAUCGCACCUCCUCUGUCAGUAGAUCACAAACAAUUUAUUUAAAAGACAUGGUAGAGGAAAGAGAGGUGGGUACCUUAACUGUAACUCUUUAGUAAUCUUUUUAUCAGAGGGUCAGUCGCCUUUUGCACUGUGUGUAACAUACCUUAUUAUAGGAAAUUAACGGGAAUUUCCAAAAUUUGCAUUAAUUUAGGGUGAAUUGAUGUUAACUUUAAUUUCAGUGCCUUUAAUUAAGUGUAGCGUUAAUUUCCAUGACCUUAAUUUCCAUUAUUUGGACUCCAAUUUCUCAAUACCUUCUGACAUUCUUGACACCUAAGAAAGAGGACUGUUUUUAUCAGGUUGGAGUUCUGCCACUAACAGAGAAACUGUGUAGAGCUUGAAGUGGCCUGAUUUCUUCCCUUAAACCCUUUGGUUAGAAGAAAGUAUCCAUUUCGGAUUUCAAGUUUAACUUUAAUCCUAUUGUCUCCACAAGUUUUAUUUCUUUGUAAAUGUUGCAUUUAUUUCCUUUAUUUUGAAAUUUGUUACCUCUCUUUCAAGGUCAUUUCCUUUAUUUGAAAAUUGUUUUCCACUGAAUUUACGUUAAUUUCCAAUACCUUAAUUUCAUGGAGCAUUAAUUUCCCAUAAUGAUGUAAUCUGGUAUCCAAGAAAGUUAUGGUUAUCACAACACCGCGGCAAAACGCACUGGGCAUGAGCACAAAAUUUAACAUCUGGUGAGCUUUUUAUUUCGGGUCUAGUAUAUAAACCAAUUGCGUAAGCAUGACAUUGCCGUCGCACCGAGUUUAAAAGCAAAAAGGGCGAAACAGACAAAAAAGGGGGCGAAAAAAUCACUUCAUUCGAAAGCUUAUAUAUUUUUCUAGUGUCAAACUUUUGCACCACAUGGUUAUCUGUUUGCACCAACAGUGAAAAUGAUGUUUGAAGUUUGCAGGUCGCGAGCUUCUCGACAAGAUGAAUUUGUUUUUAAUGGCUUUCUUGCGUGCUACUGGUUUGGCAUAAGUUUUUGGGAGAAGGCAAUAACUAAGAAAAGAAUGGCAAUACUCAUGAAAGAAACCAAAAUAAAGACGCUAUCAUUAUCGUUAACACUAGAGCCAGAAAAUAAAAUUUUAGCCCAUUCAAUAAUUUUUUUAUUAUCAGAGAAAACAAGAACCCAAAACAAAAGAUGGGCGGUAUUUAAUAACAACUUCGACUUUGAUGACUGCAGUCAUGAACACCCGGAGCUUUCAGUGCCAGGAAACUAAACAUGCCUAUAAAUGACUUUCAUUCAAGAAAAUGCCUAUUUAAUUCUUUUAGAUGGUUGUUCUUUGGUUGAAGACUUCAGUAAUUUCAGACUAUGCGGCUCGGCUGCAUCUCAUGCAAACAAGAAACUUCCAGCUGCUAAAUACAUGGCAUGAAAAUUUCAACUUCUAAAAGCCAUCGAACCAGCUUUCGCUCUCUGAUUCUGAGAAUGAAAAAAAUAAAUAGAGUUGUCAACUUGCUGCCAACCUCAAAAGUGUAAUUAAGCUUGUUUCAUGGCAAUCAACUCGGAAGAGUUUCGUUUCAAAACACGGUAAAACUCACUGGUAAAUAAAACUACAAAGCGAUUGUGUGUUAUCGUUUUCCAAAUAAAGCUCAAAUCAGUUUUAAGACAUGAAGAAUGAGAAACUGAAGAACUGAAAAUUAGAACUAAAAUAUACAAGCUUGCAAUGAUAACUUUUUAUGUCUUAGUUUCAGCCAGGUUAAGUGAAAAAUAACAGUCAAAAACUUUGUUUUCAUAAAUGAAAAUCAGUUUACCUGACGCUCUAGCCAAAAUUACACACUGAAUUAUUAUCAUCUUACCUUUUCUGAAUCUAAUCGACUAAUUGUCUCCGUGAUGUGUACGUGAUUAUCCAUAAAAGCAAUUUCAAUAACUACAAAAUAGUCAAAAACACGAGUAGCAUGAAGCAGAACAGCUGAACCACACGCUGCACACAGAAUGAAGCCGAGAGCGCGCGGGAGACUUUGAUCUGAGUGGAAAGUGUGACUGAAAAAGAGACCGGAAAUGCUCAACCUGGGGCAUGCGUAGACGUUUUGCCGCGGUGUUGGUUAUCUAUCACUUGACUGUAUGACUGCCUGUCUACACCAAUCAAAAUUUGAAAUGUCCCUGUUACUGUACCCAGAAACAAUGCUGUCCUUUUUAUGAAGUGACAUACACAAACCAUAUCAAAGUCUCUUAAUAACAGCAAUAAAUUACUGCCUGAGAAGACCACUGACAUUAUUAAGUGAUGCCACGGUUGCAGGUUUCCUUGUGAAAAGAUGUCUGAGGAGCAAGUGCUGAAAUUUCAUACCUUGAUGACGUGUCACUACCCUGAUCUGGGUAAUUGCACUUCAUCAGUAUGGAAUUUCUGUCGGGUCAUUCUUCAGACGUCGUUUUGCAGGGAAACCUGCAACAGAGGCAUCGCUUAAUGUUGGCAGUUUUCUCCGGCUACAUUAUUAUUGCAGCCGCCACAAUGAUGCAUCCUUUAAACUGUAUCUCCUCCUACUAUUGUGGUCUCAGGUUUACUACCAAUCAGAGUCACAAAUGCUUUGAAGUUACAGUGUAUCUAGAAACAAAUUGAGCCAUUCAACAAAUUUUCACAGUUUGUGUGUAAAAACUGCUCAGCUGCACCUGAUAUUUUACAAAGUAGAUUUUUUUGUUUGUAAAAUGAUAGUUCCAGUUAGCUUUAUUCAUUAGUCCUAAAAUGGUCUAAAGCAGUUUCUCCAAUUAAUGACACUGCAGGAAGUUUAUGUCGCAGCUUAUGAAUUUACACCUGAAGAGGAAGGAGAGCUAUACUUUAAACGUGGAGAUAAAAUACAAGUAUUGGAUAAAGAAGAUGAAAACUGGUGGAAGGGCAGAAAUCUUUCAUCUAACCAAGAAGGCUUGUUUCCUUCCACCUAUGUGCAGAAGAAACCAUUGUAGGGAUCCAAAAUCAUUAUGGAAAAAAUACACUUUGGUCAGUAUUUGUCAUAAGAAAGCAAAGAAAAAGAAUAAAUAGUGCAAGAAGAAAGUAUGUAACUUGUUUAUCAAUACCACAACCUGCCACUUAUUAGCCCUGGGCUGGUACAUUUUUGUAAGCAGGUUUAGGAGGGCCUUUAAAUUGGGGGAGACGGGGGGAGGGGGGCUUAUAUCUAAGUGGGCUUCUAGCAGGAAGAGAAAAAGCACUUCAAAACAUGCUACAGCAGUGCUGAUCAAAAUAUAUUUUGCACGUAUUUGCUUUUAAUAGACCUUUCCACAGUUAUAUUUCUGACAUGAGCAAGUUAGGGAAAAUUUGUCUACUCCACUGGAAUGAGCAACGUUAAAUUAGCAAAAUUGCGAACUAUAAAGGUGAUUCAUUGAAAACUAAUGAAGAUACCGCUCCUCAAUGCCACAACAUUUUAGAGAUGUUUGUACGGUAGUGGCGGGGGACUUUUCUUCUGCCAUAAAACGUCUACAAAUUUUCGCAAUUUUGCAGAGCUAUAUCUAUGCUAGUUUAAGUGUACUUGCCAAAUGUACUUAUUUAAAGGCGCUUUUACCAGUGAAGGAGACAGAUUUUCCCUAAGAAGGGUUUAUUAACCUUAAAAACAUCAUAAUUAAUCAAAUUCAUUUCAAUACUUUUGGAGGGGGGCUUAUAUCCAAGGAGCUUGUAAGUGGCAGUUUAUGGUGAUUGUUUUGCUAAAUAUUAUUAAUCCUGGUUACAUGAGACCAUUAGGAACUCAUACUGGAGGACUCAGAUGUACAUGUGCAUUGUCAGAGACCAAAGAUUAUGGGAUAGUGUACAUGACAAAUCAUUGAAAGCAUUGUUUGUGCGCUACCCACUUUUAACCCUUUGAGAUCAAAAUUCUAAAUGAUCAAAUCAUUUUUUUGUUCAGGACGGUCCAGACAAUUAUUUUGGUGAUCACAAUCCGGUCAAUUUUCCCAUAACAUGUUUGGUAUUAGGGCUGGGUGCUUAGAUGCUCACCUGUUCUUGUUGUAAACAUUGCAAUGAUUCACCUUUCAGUGUUCUGUACUGAUAAGUUGCCCUUGCGUUUCUGGGGAUAGUUCAUCUGAGACUAUUAUUUGAAAGGUCAGAACUGAUUACUUGGGAUAAGUAUGAACUCAUAAGAUCUUCAAGUUCAUUAGUCUCCAUGACAAUAGUAUUCUUUUAAAUUUACUUCCUUUCACAUUAAACUGUUUUGAAAAAUGAUCAAUCUCAGACGUGUUUGGCACAUUUCAGUAGCAUUCAUGCAUGUGACUUGUAUGAGUUGAUUUUUCAGAUGACUGUCUUUGUGUUAACAGAACAUCAAUCUGAAAUUACUUUUCCGAGUUCGUACUGGCCUUAUGUCUUCAGGGCCUUAGAAUUACUGCUAAGUUCUUACUGUAAGUAAGCAUGUUAGGCCUAUUAAUUGCCUCUAGUGAAAAUUGUAUUCUGUAAUUAAUGUUAUGCUGUAGAGUUUUAAAAGUGGCAAUCCCCCAUACAUAUUACCUUUUGAUUUUAUGUAUUUACUUAUAUAUUUUUAUAUUUAGCUUAAUUAGAUAAUUAGAUUUUGAUUUCUGCUUAGACUUGACUUUCCCCAUGGUGUUUAUUGGACUGUACACAGGACAAGCCUUUUUUUAAAGCAAAAAUUUGAUUCAAGAGUAUAACUGCAUGUCAAUCCUAUUACAGUAUACCCACUAAUAAGAAACUACAUUUUUUGAGGUCUGGCUAAAAAGGUUCUUUUACUUUGGGGUAGUUAUUGGCAAUUUAGGUUUAGUAGGUAUAUUAUAUUAUGUUCUUAACAUUGUCGUUGGCUACCAGAAAAAUAAAGAAACUUGAGUUUACUCCUUAAAUAUUCGGAAUUUAUUCUCAACAGUUCAUUGCAAACCUCCUUUAAAAGACAAUUGCCAUCUGUACUCUUCGUAAAUCUUUUUCCGUUGUAGGAAUUACAAUAACACUUCUAUUUGUAAUUCCAGUUUGGUUCCUAUCAAUUGGCAAACUUGAAGUCAAACUCCUUAGUUAAAAUUUUUAUCUUAGUCAAUUUACCUGUAACCCACAUUUAUCACCUGCUUGAUAAGAGGUUCUUGUUAUUUUUGGAUAUUUAAGUGCCAAAUUUCUGCCAGAUGUUUUUUAAUCCACAGGUUCUUAUUAGCGGGUGUUUACUGUAUCACUGUUAGCAUGGAUAAUCUCCACUCUCUUCUCCACAUAUUUCUUAUUGUACUGAUGAGGAAUAUCUUUUGAACAAAAAUUUUCUUGCAGAAUUUUUAAAUUGGUGUGAUGGCUGAUGCGAUGCGCUAGAAAAAGGAAAUUUGUAAAAAAAAACUGAAAGGACCUGUUAAGAAAAACGCGUUUUUCAUAAGGGCGAGAAUGUCUUUUCCUUAAUUUUUUCACCUGACAGAACCGAUCCAAUCAGCUUUAGACCGAAGUUAUUAAACAAUUACUGGAUGAGGUUGAGCAUGAUAUCAUGAAUUAUCAAGACCGAGGUCUGUGUUCGGCUGAGGCAGAUAAUACAGACACGAAGUUUUGAUAAUUCAUGAUAUCAUGGGAAAACCGAAUUCAAUAAUUGUUUUAUUAUACAUUUUUUAAACAAUAGGCAAAAGAAGACAUUCAGCGAUUCUGUUUCUGAGGAGAACACUCCAAGGGGCUUGGUAACCAGGCAGACGUUGAACUUGACAUGAUAAAUGCAAUAUCUGCAGCAGAUAUUGCAUUUAUCAUGUCAAGUUCACAAGCUAUUGUGAAUUGAUUGAAUGCUCUCGACCAAUCAGAUUUUUCAUAGUGAGUCUGAUGUAUAAUAAUACUUAGUCAUGUUCCCUUUGUUCGCGAGAGAUUUUUGGCUUACACCCUAGUAAGAUUGAUAGGUAAUUAAAAUGCUAUAGCUUUUAGUGUAAUUAAUCAUUUAUUUACUAUCUAUAGACCAUAUUAGCCAUAAAUACAAAUAUAAAUAAAGAACGUGAUAUUUUACACUUGUAAUUUUGUUAUUGUUUAUGGAAGAUAACAUUCCAUAAAUGCUUUCCCUGCUUUUAUGAUCGGUCCGUUAUAUGACAGGUCUUUUUAGGUUUAGUUUAGCUCUAUUUAAGGUAGACACCCCUGUAUUUAUAACGUGGACCCCACCCUUCAACCGAUGUCGUCAUACGCCUUCGGUCUAUUGGACGCCCAUUAUGAUUGUUUUCGUGUUUUGUUUUUUUUCAAAAGCCAUAGUCUCAGUCCAAAUUGUUGGGACACUUUGCUGUCUUCUUGCCCUCCCAAUGUUGGUGAGUUAACUGCGAUAGGCCCGUCUCCUCGUCCUCCUGAAGUUGGUUAGAAGCGAAAAAAAAAAAAGCGUUGGUUGCAAGUAUCCCAACUAUUUUUGUCUGAGACUGCAAGUCUAUCCAAUGUAUUAGGAAAAUGAAAGUUCUAAAAUGGGUAUUGCCCAGCUGACAACAGUGCCCUUGCUUUUUUAUUAAACAAACAAACUAAAAAUGAGAACGAAAAAAAAAAAAACACCUUUGCAGGUCACACGUCUCCACCCCUAGCCCAUGGUAGUCCGUAUUCACCAUUGUUAAGAUAUAAUUGGCCAAUUAUGACUCAUACUUUCACCUAAUGGGAACUCGACUUCCGUAAAUGAUCUGAUAGACACGCCCAGGGCCUUUAGUUAUAUUAGGGGAUUCAAGAGGGGGUGCUUAAUUGGGGGACUACUCGUAGUCUAUGCUUCAUAGAUAGGAGGUGUUUACCCUCAGCUAAAACGAGCUCAACAAAGCCGAUAUGCUUUCGGCGAAAAUAUGAAUAGAGUUUAACAAAGGCAGAAUGUCCCCGGAGAAAAGCCUCUCGGAUCAAAGGAGAGAAUCAUCAACAAACUCAAUUCGGCCUACCGUCUACCGUAUUGUCGUACAAACACGAAGAAGUUCUCGCCCUUUUUUCAAGGGCCUAAGUUUUUUAAUUCACUUGACAACAAGAUCAUCAACUCUCAAUCCCUCUCCUCUUUUAAGAAAAAACUGAAGAUUAAAUUAUUGAGUAAGCAUGAAAACAGUUUAUAAAUCUUUCCAUCUUCGACUUUUCGCCUUCUUCUCUUCAAUUGAUGUGAAACAGCUCUAGCUCAUAGUUCGAGGGGGCCUAACCUCUCAUAAGCUCCUAUAGUUUCUGUUAGGUCUCCUCGCCACUUCUUUUUUUUUUUUUUCUUCUUCUUUUCCUAUAUUUUUUGUAAUUAGUGUGGCAAAUAAAAUAAAAUAAAUAAAUAAAUAAACAUAUUGCGUUGACAACGAGAUUUGAACCCGGGCCACAUUGUUGGGAGGUGAGUGCUCUCACCGCUUUGCCACUUUUGUUUCUCAAUUGGUAACUUGCUUUAGCUUUGCUCAUAUACGCUUUUGUUGGGUUGGAAACAAUGGUGCCACUUACUCGUCUGGUAGGCAAAAAUGAUCGAAACCGAUAUCAACUUUAUUAUGAUUUGCUUUGAAGUAGGACUAGUUCCUUUCAGGGGCGUGGCUAUGGGGGUGUUGGGGUGCCCGUGAGCCCCUCUCUUUGUGCACUCUUUGUACAUUACCUGUAACUUAGCACGUUAAAACCCCUGAAGACGUUCUUGAGAAGCACCAUGACCACGGAAAGACAGUCGGGUGUGGCAAUGAUGAACAUCCACUAUGGUAGAGCGAUCGACAUUGAUGAGACCGUUGCUCAUCUUUGCCACUCGGCAUCCACGCCGCCGCUUAUUAAAAGACAUUUUGGUUGAUGAGCAAUGAGACUAAAAUAGAAUAAUUUAUGUUACGUGGAAAUUAAUUCAUAUAUGAAGUUAUUUUGUAGGCUUGUCCCUCCCCGACGUUCACUGCUCAUCCGACAUACCAAUCUGGUAAGUACCCUGGUUGUAACACAGUGUGACACCUUCCCCCACCCCCCACAACCCUUUGAAAAAUCCCCUUUUUUCUCUAGUUAUUCAGUGCCCCCUUUUUUGCCUUUCGGCUUGGCUUACGACAGUCCCCCUCUUAUCUUUGACUUCUAAUUAGGUUUCACACAAUCCACUUCCGUACUCAGUGUUCAUACAUUUGCACAUCAACUGUUUACACUAAAAUGGUUCCCCGAGAGCAUACAUGCAGAUCACAUCCUUUCAUUGGUAUAUUCUUAGACUACAUUGAUACAACGUCGGUAUCUUUUUAAACUAUAGCUUUGGUAGUUGAUUGGUGGUGGAUUGGAAUCCUCCCAAGACGAGAAACGAACUUUAUAAGUUGAGAAACUCCAUACGUUAUAGAGAAGCAAUCGCAUGGAACAGUUUAACGAACAGGGAAACAGCAGCAAAACCUUGAAAAAUUUAAACGCUGCCUUGCAAAUUUUUCAUCUAUAAAAUGAAUUUUUAGCUGCAACUAAUGAAACAGAGAUAUCGGUUACAAAUAUUUGUAAUAGUUUUCAAUUUUUAAUUUUACGUUUGUUUUUAGUAAUUCUAAUUUUUCUCGUAACUGUUGUAUGCACGACCCCACUAGCAAUGCUAAUCUUCUUAUCGUACUUAAGCACACUAUUAGUUUAUACCAGCACCCCAAGCGAUUACGUUGACACCUGGUGGUGGCUCAGAAGGUUUAUCCUGCCCUCCUUCUUCUCCUUCUUUAUCGUGAGAUUCACCACCUUUUCCUUUUCCUUGAAAAUGACCACCUUUUCCUGCGCCCUUUCUAGCUUCCCCUUUACCAUCAACUGUUUUAUCUGAGCCGACUUCAAUGAACAUUAGCUGUGCGCCAGGGACGGUGUAUAAGAUUUUCGACGACUCCUCGCCUUCCACGGGGUAAUUGGUCUUUUUACAGUUUUUUACUUUGACAGUACUUAUGAGUAGUGCAGGUUUGGCAUGUUUGGGAGAAGGAUCAUGUACCUGAUGUCAUGGUCGGACGACUGAAACGUACCGUAGACAUGAGCUGUGGCCCCUGUUUUUAGAGCACGAGAACUGAAGGACCACGAUGCCGAUUUUGGGUUCAUUUUGGGUUCGGUACAGUUGAAGACACAGUUGAAGACACAGCAUAGCACUGUGAAGAUAACACUCCCUGUACAUUUCUUCCAUAAUUCUCCAGCUCUUAAUUCGCGCUCACUGUUUUUUUAGUCUGCUCUGGUAAGACAAUAGUUUUUGAAAGAGAAGUGUAUGGGGAAAAUAACCACACAGCUUGCAAGAACAAGAAAAGCUAAUAAGGCAGGGUGUAUUUUAUUGAAAAUUUUAGCGAGUAUUUAUCUUCUUGAAACUUUUAAUUGAAUUCCCAUACAAAUCCUUCAUGUCCUAUGUUCACGACCAUUUUAGGUAUUACGCAACAUGAAACCACGCGUAUUAAUGAUUAAAGUCUCAUACUGAGUUUAGGCGGCCCGUGGUCCCGGUUGGGGGGGGGGGGGGGGGUUACUCCCUUAUAAGGACUUAAUGAGGACGUGCGGUCAGCCAGGGUAUGUUUUUCGGGAUUUUUGUCUUAAACAGGGUAUCGAAUUUAUCAUUUUUGUCUUAAUCAAGGUAUCGAAUUUAUCAUUUUUUGUCUUAAUCAAGGUAUCGAAUUUAUCAUUUUUUGUCUUAAACAGGAUAAAUGUGUUAAACAGGGUAUCAAAAAUCGGAAUUCUGUCUUAAACAGAUAGAUAGAUAGAUAGAUAGAUAGAUAGAUAGAUAGAUAGAUAGAUAGAUAGAUAGAUAGAUAGAUAGAUAGAUAGAUAGAUAGAUAGAUAGAUUAGAUAGACAGACAGACAGACAGACAGACAGACAGACAGAUAGAUUGAUAGAUAGAUAUCUAUCUAUCUCUAUCUAUCUAUCUAUCUAUCUAUCUAUCUAUCCUAGAGUACUUGUUUAAGUAGACGUUUCAAUUUGUUAAGGGAUUCCAUAGAAUGGCGCCACUAUAGCUGAGGCUAUUUUUGUAAUAAUUUAUCCGUGGUAAUGGGAUCCAAAGUUUAUUCUCAGAGCCCCUGAGGUUAUAUGCCGUUUCUCGUCUUGCAAACCUAGAAUAUAACUAUUCUGGAGCCAACCCGUGUAAAGCUUAUAAACCAUCGUGGCUUUUUCAAUUUAUGCUGGCGCGCUAGAUUUUCUAUUCUAGGAGUUCAAACAAGUAACAGCGUCUUCAUCAUAGUCUGAAAAAUGUCAAAACACGGGCUGCUCUAUUUUGUAGUGUUUGAAAUUUGUUCCUUAGGGUUAUCCCACAGUUUCUCCAAACUGUAUUGCAAUAAUUGAAGAGAGGGUGUAUAAGAGCUUGGUAUAUUAGAUGUAAGGUCACUUGGGAGACAAGGUGCCUUACUCGCUCAUGGCCCCAACGCCAGAAAAAGGACUUCCUUUAUUAUCUCUGUCUAUUAUUUCUUUUGCCAGCGUUCCGUAUUUCUUAUAAAACUCAACCUGUAGACCUGUCAUACUGAAUCUCCAACUGGUUGAUAUGUACAAGAACCUUGAAAAGGGACAAGAAUGGUCUUCCCACUGUGGUGUCUUGGUAAGUCAAAAGACAUGCACCCGGUUAUGAGUCACUGAGUAGUUUCAACUCUGGGCUACCGAUGGCUACAAAUAUAUAUGAUUCUCCCGAGAUUUAGGAUUAUCCUAGAUUUAAUUAUAUAUUUCGGAGUUUCCUUUCAAUUACGAUUUAACUAAUUUCCUCCUUUUUUAUCAUUUGAUUUAAGGUGUUUUCGAUACAGUUUUUGGGACUUAUUAUACAGGGAUUUUAGGGAUUUUCAACUUUGCCAGACUGCUUAAGGUGCAGUUUACAAGUAAUGAAGGAAAAAUGAUUCUAGUGUGAAAGUGAGAUCCUCGUCCGAUUGCGAAAAGAUUUUCUUUAACGUCCAGUUGAUUACCUAUGAAUUGAGACGGGGCCUACGGUUUAUCGUCCUUAUCCGAGAAGACAAAAGUCUAGCCGUUUGCAGAUAUUAUUACAAAGGCAGCACUUUCUCCUCAGUUAUUUAAAGAUCCUGAGUGUUGGUCCGGCCGGGGUUUGAGCCCACGACCUCCCGCUCAGCAGACCGGUGCUCUCCCAACUGAGCUAACCAGGCGGCGGUCAGACAUACCGGCGGAGACAUACCGAUGUUAGUUUUUCAAUCGCCUUAACUAUGAAUUGAAGUUUGUCAAAAUGCAGUUUCACUAUGACAACAAUACGCAAAAAAAUCAAUAAAAUCCGAAUUUUGCGCGAUCUAGACCUAGCCCGUAUGCACCAUUGUCAAUUGACCUAUUGUAACUCAUACUUUCGUGUCAUGAAACUCGAUCAUCGUAAAUGAUGUUCACAUGGAGUGGGGGACCCGGUCUAGUGGGGUUGGUUUCUUUUGUUUUCACGCUCUGGGGGACACAAAACAAAAGAAACCUACCCCAUUAAACCGGGGUCCCCCACUCCAUGUAAACAGGGUCUAAGGAAUCCAAGAGGGGGCGUUUAAUGAAUAGGAGGCGUUUACCCUUAGCUGAAACAAGCUCAGCAAAACCAAUAUGCUCUUACGGCAAGAGUAUCAAUAGAGUAUAUCACAUGAUAACAGAAUGUCCCCGGAGAACAGCCUCAUUCAAACUCCACUCACAUAUGACGUCGACACCAGGAUUUGAAGCAGGCUCAUAUUGGUGGGAGGCGAGUGCUCUUAUCACUGCGCAUGCACCACCUUUGCUCUCCCGCCCACCGCCCUUACUAAGUGGUUUCAACUUAUUUUCUGUUUUAGCUUUGCUCAUAUAAAAAUGCACUGCAAUUUAUUUGAGCGUCAAUGUAUUUAGCACGAAAGUACUAAUUGGAAACACUAUUUUUACACCUCUUGAUGGAGACGGGACCGCCAUUUGAAGUGGUCAAUGAUUUGCUCUCUCAACUUUAUCGUGGUUUGCUUUGAAGCGGGACUAGUUCUUUUAUUGUCUUCUUUUCUAGUUUUUGGUCCCCUUUCUUCCUUUUCGUUUGACUUACGACAGUCCCCCUUUUAUCUUUGAAUUUCAAUUAGAUUUCACAGAAUUCCGCUUCUGUACUCUGUUAAUACACCAUUUGCCCAUCAACUGUUUAAUACACUAGAAUGGUUCCUUGAGAGUGGUAAUACCACUUCAUUUUAUUGGCACAUUUCUAGACUACAUUGAUAUAGCAUUAGUACAUCAUCGUUACAGUGGAUUGGUAGUUGAUGCGAAUACAUUGCAUGGCCGACACUAUUAACUCAUAUCGGCACCUCAGAUUACCUGAACAGCUGGUGGCGGUCCUUUUGGUUUUUCUACCUCCUCACCUUUUUCUUCUUUUUCAUCAGCCUCCAUUCCAGAUCCUUCUUCUUCACCUGUUGGAUCGUGAAAAUUACCACCUUUUCCUGUACCCUUUCCAGCUGCCCCUUUACCAGCAACUGUUGCAUCUGAGACUUCAAUGAACAUUAGCUGUGCGCCAGGCAAUGUGUACAAGGUAUUCGCGGGAUCCUCGCCUCCCACGGGGAAAUUGGCCUUGUUUCUUAGACAUUGCAGCCAAUUAUUGCAAUAACUGCAAGUAAGCAGUAAGAUCAUGUACCUGAUGUCAUCGCCGGACCUCUGAAACCUGCCGUACACAUGGGCUGUGGCACCUGCCUUUUGAGCUUUAUCAGGACCAAGAUGCGGUUUACAUUUUGGGUUAGGGCAGUUGUAAACGCAGCAUUUCAUAUCCUUGAUACUGGGGAUUCCCGUGCAUGUUUUCCAUAGUUCCCCAGCAUUAUUCCCGGACACAGGUAUUUCAGUCUUCUCAAGUACGGCAAUGGUUUUUGGGCGGUCACAGGUGGUCUUCCUUGCAUGAGUGAAGGCCAAUGACCAGCCGUCUUUCAGUUUAACUGUUCCGUUAUGCAGGUCAUCAAAGGCUCUGUGGAUAAAACAAUUGUUCAUUGUCUCGUUUUCAACCAAUUUAAAAACAAAUGGAUCAACGUACAUGUGUCUACACUGUUUUCACUAAACUGUCAGACGAUCACUCUCGUUUCACAAAUCAGUUUUCCUCAGCCGCACGAACUGAUGUUGAUAAAGCUUAGGAUCUGAGGAGCUGACGACUAGUUCAGUAGAGCCCUGAUGGCGAUAUGCCAAGGGAGCAGUAAACUUAUAUCGUUGUAUCGAGGAAUUCGGAUGUAUCCGCGACAUUCCCGAUAUAGCGAUAUGGCCGUAAAAUAACCGAAAAUAUAGUUUUUCUUAUACCGAGAUAAACCUAACAUGUAUUCUUUUACUGCAUAUUAUUUAUUCAAAUUUGUAAUGCCGAGUCAGCUCAAAUGAUUCAUAAAUGUAACAUUUCAAGCACUCAGCAAUGUUAUAUACUGCAAAACAGUCGGGUUUUUUUUCUUAAAAUCGUCGGUCCGUGCCUACUUGAAUACACAAAAAUACGGACUGUUUUGCAGUCUAGCAAUGUCCUUUUUAUGCAAGGCUCUAGAAGCUUUCACCGUCAGUGAUCGUCAUUACUUCUCGAGUUUCCGUGUUUAUUUAAAAAAAAAAAAAAACAGUCCAAAAUCAGGCCUUGAAAUCCUUCAGCAAAGGUAUACGUUUUAUCACAAGGAGUCAAAGAUACUGAAACUAAAAGAACUACUGAAUGACAAGGAGGGUAAAGAGGACACAGUGCUCGUGACGUCUAAAGAGGUUUAGAGCACAGUGUCACACAACGCUGUUACAACGAAAGAGAUCACUCGAUUACUGUAAUGUUAUUGAAUUUCGCCCAAAAAAAUGUGAAAACGUCAUAAACGCCCAGCCUCGAAUAAGCGCCCCCUCGCACAGUUUAAAAGGGCCCCAGUGCCCAGGGCGCUUAAUCGAAUGAUCAUUCAAAUGAUCGUUCUUGAAGCUCAAGAACGAUCUCCGGCGUAAACUCUGAAAAAACAAGGAAAACUGAUUAUUCGUUUAUGCUGACGACGCGCAGAUAUUUUUCGCUGACAGUAUGCAGGAAUGAGUUAAAGAAGAGAUGUAAGUGCAGAUCACAGCAAAUAAAAAAGCAGAUACGGAUUGACAAACUUUAAAAGAAUUGAAACGGAUUUGUAAUUGUGGUGUUUGAUAGCCUGAAUUUCAUCCGAUUGCUUCGAGUCGUUUUCUCCUCUCUGCAACCGAGGGAGUGAUAACGACUCAAAGUAAUCGGAUGAAAUUUGGGCUAGGUGUUUGAAAACUUCUUUUUAAAUAGCACGACGGCAUUUUUACAGUUUAAACUACAUGAAUACUCCGACGCGGUUCCUUGGCCAUUAGCCUGUGAUUACAGUGUAACUCUUUUAGACCUAUUUUUGUAUGACGUCUUUUCCCUUCUCUUCUCGAAAUGAAUAAAACGCCUGAUCGCAGGUGGGGAGCCUUUAUCCGAAACAAUUUCAACCUUUAGUUUUUCUCUCCUUUGUCGAGACCAGUACGUAGAACAGCAAUCAGGCUAUUUUCUAGAGGCUGAAUAUUUGGCAGUUUUGACAAUUAAUUCUAGGCAGAUAAUAUAUACGUCCGUACGUGCAAGUGGUGUGUGUGCAUGUGUGCGUGAGUAUGCAAGUACUAUGUCAUUUUACUACUUUGGAAAUAGUUUUUGUUCUAGUUUUGUAGCUUUGAACGUCAAGACAUAUAUGAAGUAGGUGAUUUUAAAAAAAGCAUUGUUAGCAAGUACCAUCAUGGAAAUGUAGUUUAUAUGCAUGGUAGAUCUGUAUUAUGUAAGUUAUGUGUUAUAAAUGUAAGUAAUGUAAGCAACAGUAGGUAAAUAAACAAAGUAUUAGUAAUACUGAAACAAUAAUAAUAAUAAUAAUAAUUUAUAUUAUGUUAAGGAAAAAUUGGCCACGUCUUCGAAGUACAGUGUCAUGAAAGUUAAGAUUUUACUACUAAUUGGGUUAGUGAACUAAGUUCAGCUGAAGCUGCCACUCUCGAAGUCAAGAAAACUAGAUUCACUUCAUACUUAAGCACUGGUCAUCGGAAACAUUCAUUCAGUUCUCUAGUUAAGUUCUAUUUAUAAAGAAACUGUUUCACGAAAUUUAUCAAAGGCUCAAUCAGUGGAAACCGCCACGAAAUCGAGUGAAACAUGGCAUAACUGCUCAAGGCAAAACGUGAAAAUAAGGCGGUAUAAAUAACACGGCAGAGCGAGGCAAACACAAUAAUAGACACGACUCGGGACAAACUUUAAGAAGAUUGAAAUGGAUUGCAAUUGUGGUGUUUGAAAACUUGGUUAACACCCUAACAGUUUUUCAAAGUUUGUUGUUUACAGCACUUUAUGUAAUGCUUAGUAAACAUAUUUGUUUGGCACGAAGCUGUGACGAUUUUGUCCUUAAAAAGUACAGUAAAACCUGGGUUAAUUCAAUUCAAUUCAAUUCAAUUUUAUUCACACUUUCAUAAAAUAUUUACAAUACAUAUAGCAAGGUAGGAAUACACUAAUGAAGAAGAAGAAGAAGAAGAAGGAAAAAAGAAAAUUGAUGGUUUGGAUAGAAGUGUACGGUGGUCAGAGGAGCUUAGCUUUCGAGCUAACCACCGUUAAACUUGCUAGCAGAGCGCGGCCUCUUUUCAAAAAUAUUGAGAUCCCGCCCGCCAAAUACUGGGGAAACGAGGCUUCCGCUACCAGGGUAUAUAGCCAGUCCACUUAGUACUGGGUGUUAGCGUAAUACAACAAAUACAGGUUUCAAUAGAGAAUGUCACCCCGGCGUCAAGAGCCAAAUACCAUCCAAAUAAAGACAAUGAACGGCGGAAAUGUUUGGAAUUAUUCUCCAAGAUUAUUGUGCCUCAAAUGAGUAGUUCAUGAGAAAACAGUACCGUAACUGACUGAACACGUUAAUAAAGGCUAAGUUUUAAUGGAGUACAUAUUGCAAGGUGAUUGAUUUUUUUGUAACUGGUUAAAAGAUAACUGACCAACGAAGGAUUUAAUUAGAAACAUCAGGACCAUUUCAUCCACUGUUGAGGUGUCCGCGCGUCCGAGUCUAGUAAAGAGUAGAGUCUAGCAAAUCCUUCAUAAAAGAUCUUAUUCACAAAUUUAAGAUAAAAAAUGCCCAAGUUAGCCCUACGUACCACCUUUCAUAAGGUUUUCAGUAACAAAAUCAACUGGACAGCCAUAACAUACCCUUAGUAGACAAGGACAGUACUUUAUUGUUCAAAAUGCUUUCCAGCAAAAUGAUCUAAACUUCCGAAUAAUCCGCAGAUCGACUUUCAACCACAUAUAACAGUUAUAAGACGUUCGUGAAAACACUGAUUUAAGUACAAAACAACGGAAAUCCAAUAUUUCCGCCACCUGAGUGACUAGGCAUUUUGCAGCAUUUUGUUUCUCCGCUUAGAGCCGCUGCUCGCUCCUCACCGCGCUAGCAAGAAAGCCAACGCAGAUCGGCCGGGUUCCGGGUGCUGUGUCGGUGAGAAGCCUGGUUUACAACUUGACAAAGCCAUUUAUACCACAUACAUCUUUGAAAGUUUGAUGUUUAACCUUUCGCAAUAAAUGUCCGAAAUUGCCAAAAAUUUGUUCGAAGUGUUUGGUUUGAUUUCAGCCAGUUGAUCGUCCGAAAAUCUUUGAACUUACACCAAAUGGCGUACCAAUUCUCCCAAAUGUUCUGAGGAGGUAUGAAUUAAAUGUAUGCUUAUCAUUUUUUUAUAUUUUAGAUUCUCAUCCUGGCUCAACUUUGGUUACUCUUUCAGUGAAGGUCAGUUUUUCACCAAGGAUUAAAAUUAAAAGAAAAGUUUCCUUACUUGUUAAAGUCUUCCUCGAAGAGGUUAAAGUCUUUGAGAGAUUCAGCGAUGGGCUUAAAUUUUUUGUCGGCUUCCAUGGCCUCAGGUUGUGUCGUAUACUGCCCGGUUAAAACUUCCUGUUUAUGUGUUCUUGUGUUUUCGGCCUGGUGGCAUCUUUCGUGAUAGGCCACCAGCACGAAAACACAACCAUUUGUAGUGAUUAGCCAGAUUAGCUUGCAGAUUUUCCGCAUUGGCGUUAUUCGAAUAUUUGCAUGUACGUAACGGCUGUCGUUAAUUGCGAGUUACCGGUAGUAUGGUUAGUUAUCACACGUCCUCAUUCAAAAUGGAAAUAAAUUACUAGCAAGUGACAGAAUCACCGCUUAAUGUCAAGUAAAGAUGUCUCCCAAGCAUUAUAUCAAACAUUACAGACAACAAAAAUAACUUUGAACAACUGUUGAGCUAACAGGUCCUAACAAGUUUUCAAAAUCAGUCAGUCGCGGAUCCACACCGGUCCGGGUGGGAGGUACUUUAGGAAUUUCGGGGCGGGGAUGUGCCGCUGGGACCCUGGAACCCUUAACCUAUACCAGAGCUAGUUCAGCUGAAUUUUGAUACCCUAUACUAGAGUAAACUCCCCAAAUCCCCCUUAUCCUAGAGUAGCUGUUUCCCUAUAGUCUAGUCUAGAUAAAAUCUUCAACCAACUGAUCAGUUUCCUGAAAAAUGAUACCCUAUUCUAGACCCAAACUCUCUGAUUUAUAAACCCUAUCCCAGAGUAAACUGGUUGAAAACCAUACCCUUCACAGCGGCACAUACCUAUAUAGACCAUAUAUGGCAGUACCCCCCUCCCCGGGCACACCGGUUUCCACCGUUUUACGAAAAUCGGUCAGAUUUUUCAUAAACAGGCUCCUGACAUGAAUAAAUAUAUUUUGAAUGAAAAAAAAAACAUCCUAUCUGAAAGACUGAGAAAACUAUAGCAAAGGUGACUUUACGGAUUUAAAAUCCAAAUCAUUUCACGGGCUUGCAUGCCCCGGACCCAAGACGCUUGCGCCUUUAAACUCGGUCAGUAAACCUAGUCUGUUACGCAUGACAACACUAAAAAUGGCUGUGUAGCCAGAUCCGCACAUUCGUUUUAAUCUUCUUCAAAUUUGUCAAUGUUUUGAGCAGUUAUUUUUAUAUUUCAUUCAAUUUGUUGGCAUUUCCCACCGUUUGAAUUUCGAUGUACAGUGGAACCCCGUUAAUACGACCACUUUGGUCGUAUUAACGGGGUAGGGUCAAAUUAAUUAUGGUGCAAAAUGCUUUUAAACUACAUUCUACUACAUGUAUACCUUUAAUCCGUUAUAAAUCAACUUUUUUUGCAGUUAAUUAACAACCUUACAACCGCAAUUCAACGCAACUGAUCAAUGUAACAGUAAGCGAAACCGAGUAAUGAGAAAAAACACUGACUUCUUUCAGUUCCUUGUGAUGAAAGGAAAGGGCCUGUGAUUUGUCUCGAAGAGCCGUUUUCUAUUUUGUAGCUUACAACACUUUCACAAUUAUUACAAAGUUCAAAGUUCUGGGAGGAAAGAUAAGGAAAUGGACUUGAAGAGAAAAGCCACAGUGGAAGGCAGCAGAAACAAGAAGGCAAAAUAACUUUGAGAGCCUCGAAAUGCUGCAAAGUGAAGUCUUUCAGAUCUUGUGUACUAUUUAUUCAUGCAUCCUUUUCACUGCACACAGCAAUUUACCGGAUGUCAUGCUAACCACUAACACCUUUGCCUAAAAACAUUCAAUAAAAUAUUAGUAAUGAGUUAUUGUUUGUCAGAUUGUGUCUGUUUUCAUUCAGCAGCCCCACCAAGCAUUUUGACUGGUCGUAUCAACGGGGUAAUUUUAUAAAGAAAAUAACGACUCAGGACUCCCAAAGGUGAUCGUUGGUCGUAAUAACAGGGUGGUCGGAUUAACGGGAUUUUCAGAUAAGAAAAUGGGUGGGCUUUUGUUCGGGCCACAAAAAAGUGGUCGCAAUAACGGGGUGGUCGUAAGGCGGGGUUCCACUGUAUUUCGUGACACAGCUCCUUAGAAGUUAGUUUAGUGUCGUCACGCAACGCUCCUCGCGUUGCGUGACGACACUAAAAACGGCUGUGUAGCAGACCUACGUAGAAGUCUGAAAUCCAAAAUACUGCGCAGUUGCUAGAGCUGGAGGGAUUAGUAUGGUCCGACUGAGAGAGGCACUCGCGCGCCAAUUAAAAAACAAAAUGUUCUGUUCUUAAAAUCUGGGAGCUUAAAGUUAAAAAUUUUAAUAUCGGUUUUUAGUGAUAUUCAAAAUUCGUUCUGCCCUAGCAGUGCCGAAUAUGUUCUGACUCGUCUUCACCAUCUCUCGAUCUCCCUAGUCGCGCGUGGUGUGUAAACGCGAAGACAACUGGGAACGAUUCACAAUACAGCAACAGUUGCAACAGAACUAAACCUCGCUGGAAUCGCGUUGAAACGGCCAAAUAUGUGAAGAACAUACCAUGAAUAUAAUAACUAUACAAGGUAGGAUGUUAAUAGGUAUUUUUAUUGCUAUUUUUGUGGCCUGAAAAACAUCCCUUAAAUCCCCUCACAAUCUCUUUUAAAUAUUUCUGUUAUGCAACGAUUUUCACUCGUGAGCUUGGGGGUACCUGUGGUUUAAGUCUGGAAACGAAAGCGGUUGGCGGUCUAGCAAAAACUGACAAAGUAAGACGGUUUGCGGAAUGUUCGACUCCCUAUAACAGACCUUCUCAUUAUGCAUAAGCGUGACAAUGUAUUCUUUUAUUCUUGCCCAGCUGUGAAAUGUUAUUUUUCAUGUCUUUACUGGCUCCAGCACGAUGUACGUUAGCUGGAAUCCACGGCUUUCGAGUCAAAGUCAAGCUCAAAUUCCAGUGAGUUCCAAGCGUCAAAAGCACAACGUCUACCGAUAAACUACGCCAUACAGAGAUGUCGAAAGGGAGUAUCCGUACGUUUCCACUGACCUCUCAGAACCCCUAACACAUUACAGUCACAUUAUAGUCAAUUCUGUGGCCAAUUAUUAGGCUCGAACAUAGCCAGUUAAGUAUAGACACCAUCUUUUGAUCUCUUAGUCACUUAGUCACCCAAUCUUGGUCACUUUUUUCUUAUCCCCAAAAUUCAGAAAAUGUGCGACCCCAUUUUGUCAAUCCAGUUGUGAAAAUGCGACCCCAUCCAGCGGCACCUAUUACUAAGAAGAACCCAGAUGCUUACACUUAAUAAAUUUUCCCGGGGGACUCGCAUAAAAAUGACCUAUAAACAUAUUCGGCGCGCGGUAUGUAGUAUUGCGGGGCGAUAGGGUGGGGGGGAUGCAUAUUACACAAACCCGUGUUCUGCAUAAAAGCCCUCGUCGCUUACUUCACCUUGUUCAGUCUUUUCGAAAGCGACGACCGCCUCCUUACUUCACCUCACCCUCCUUCUGGCAGCAAUAAACUACUCCUCUCGCUCUUCGGAAGCUACCCGCUCCCAAUCGACUCAGCCUGAUUCUCCCAUAUCUUGUUUUAACCUUGGCAUUGUUAUUUAGGACCCCAGUGAAAAUAUAUCACUGUAAGCCACUUUUAGUUAAAUUUUAAGUUUUGUGUCGUUGUCCAAAUGUUUCCCAUCCUAGACACGAGUUGUUUGAAAGAUGAUUAGCCCAAAUCAAGGCUUAAUUACCAGGACAACUUAUACACUCCAUUUUUGGUUUACCCAGAAGGAUAACUAAUGGGCUUCGAGCCGUGACCCAUUCUCAUUCCCACAGCCCGUCGACGUGGCUUUUAAAUUAAGCCGAGUGGCUCUGGGGACGAGAAUGCGAACAACCGGGCGCAAAUCGUCGGUUUUCUAUGUGCGCGCGCUUGUCUUAACGUAUGCUACUUGUGAUUAUGACGUCAAUCUAGCUGCUAUAAACCAGAGAGGAUGAACUUCUGGAGAACAGGAAUUAUCGUAGUUAUCCUAAUAGAUACUGUUUGCUCCUCGCAUGUCGCAUCAUCUUCGGACUUAAGCCUCAAACAAAAAAUACGAUCGGUUGGUGCACAACUAACGAAUAUUUUCUCAUAUCAGCCGUUCUUUUUUAUUUACCUGCGAAGAUUUUUAACAUAUUGUUUUGUUAACAGCGUCGCAUGAUUUCUGAGGACAUAAAAACCUGCAAACAUUGGAAUUAUGAGACUACAGAUGACCCACACUUUGCAGAUGUUCACGUAAACCUGCAUAAUGCGGUGAGUAUAAGAUUCUUCUGGUGCAUAAUUCGGUGAUAAAAGCGCUUGAAAAAUCCAGACUUGGGAGGUUUUAUUAAUAUGAACUUCCAAUUGCAUAUUUCCUGUGACGUUUCCUCGCUCAAAUUUACUUUAACAAAUCAGCAUUUAAGCGACCGAUUCUGUUUUAUUUAUAAAGCAGCGUUUCGAAUUGUUGUUGUUGUUGUCAGUGUUGUUAACAGUUAAUCUCGUACCCAGAUCUCCCACGGCCAAGGGAAAGAACAUUUUGUACUGCUUAUGCUCACCUCCUGAUCACUCAUCUGCCGGUUACCGAAAGGUAGACGUUUUCGUGUUGAAGUCACCAUUGAGCACGGUGUUUUUCGUGGCUUUUCGGUGCUUUGGGGAGUAUUUACAGUCUGAGACCGUUUCUUGACGUUUCCUUGUCUACUUGUUUUCAGUUUGCGUUCAAGUUUCUUCUGUGCACUUUGGCGAGUAGAGGCAAAUAUUUCUAAGUUCUUGUUUAGACGUAGAACUUUAUCAUGACAACUUCUGCAGCAAAACUUGGAAGUUCGUCCUUCUCUGAGACUUCAACUUCACAUAAUCUAACAAUAAUCCUUUUUUAACUGUUAAGCCUUUCCACUAACACUGAAAAAGUAAUUUUUUUUCUUGGUGCUCUCCCCACACAACCGGUAUCGACUUUUUAAAAUGUCGUCUGUCAACUUUUUAUUUGGGAUACUUCCAUGUUUCACGGCGGCAUGGCCCGAGCGGCCACCCAAAGAACCGCGAAAAUUGGAACCGUUAAAAGAGCCAAUCAUAGCUUAUGUUUUAUCACGGCACGACUUUAAGCUGGAGCCAAAGAAAAAUGGCCUUGUAUCCACCUUUACCAGAUCUCACUUUUCAGCGUAAGACAGAGUGAGAUCUGGGUACGAGAUUAGUUAACAGUAUACUGAAACAUUGGGAGUUAGUUUUGUUCUAUGGACGAACCGUAUAGAAUCGCGUUUUCUCUGCGAUAAAAGACUGAUUUAGCUCCCCCGAUCAAAUGCUCUAAUUUAUUUUACCCCCCGUUUAUUAGAGAUUCAUAUUAAAAAAACUUUGUAAUUUCCUUCUCUUUUCAAAUAUGGCAUUUCAUUGCUUAAAUUUUUUGAGUAGUUUGCCGCGCGCAUGCCGCUUUCUAAGUGAGGCCGCAAUGUGUACUAACAAAAUUGUCAAAAACGCUGAUCUUUUUUCCACGCACACUUCAGGCAAGUACAACAAAGAAAAUAUCGGUGGCUUUACAAUGUGCGACGAUGAAUAAAAUACUCGAGCCGAAAUCAGCUUUCAGCGUUCCAUCGGUAAGUAGAACUGAUUUUAAUUGGUAUUGUAAUAAGCAAAAAAAAAAAAAAAAACAUUAGAUUUGAUUAGACCUUUGAGUACUGAUUUGAUACCGUCACGUUAUUUCAUUUCAUAUCUGUUAAUCAAAGUAUCUGUUAAAGCUCGAGAACACGAAGCCUGUGCCCUGGCAUUCCUGCGCGCCCGAUUGUCCCCUAAGAUUGAGGAGGGCUAUUAAGCCAUAUUGGGGGCACUACUGCAGUAAAAAGCAACUACUACAGCGACGGCAAAAGGAACGUGAAAAUGCAAUGGCUGCUGAAUAUUAGCCAAAAAAAAAAAACAAUUCUGCACGUGCUUACCUUCUUAUAAUUACGGCCUCGUCACACAUCACGGUGCGUAGGAGACUACUGACUGCAUUGAAGACAUUACUUCUACGUCUCAUAGUGAAGACCGGACCGCCAUUUUACUUAGUCAUCCGAACCAGCCGAAGGUCUAACCGUUUGCAGGGUAUGCAAUAGGACUACCUUUAUUUUGAAGUUAUUUUAAGCCCCUAAGUAUUGGCCCGGCCCUUGGUAUCGAACCCACGACUUCGCGCUCAGCAGUCAAACGACCUACAAAUAGAGCUACUCCUGCCGCGGUAAACGUGUAAGGAUGAAUUUUAACAAAGUGUGGGGCGCGUAGCCUGUUCUAUGCGUUCUGCAGACAUUGGAGGGUGGCGUGAAUUUUGAGAUCAGAGAAAAAAGUAGAACAAAAGGAACAGGAAGAGAGGAGUGAAGCUUUCCUUCGCCCUCUCUCUACCCCCACCCAUUCGCUGUUGUCCUACUCACUUUUCCUUUGCACUGUACCCACUACCUAAAGGCCUGAAACACUAUGAGGCGCAUUGAAACUAGCCCAAUGUUUAAUUUCUUUCUUAGGGCAAGAAACGUGACUUUGCAUUCAGAAUCGCCGUUGCAUCAAAGUUCCACCACCGAGACUCUAGUGUGCGUCAACACAAAUGUCAGUUGUCAACAUGGAAUGAAGAUGAAUUCAGCCUUGUAACCUGCAAGUUUAACAUCAGCGUUUGGCCCAAUGGCAUGUUCUACUAUAAGUGUUCUAAAUGUACGUAUAUAUCCCGACUUUUCUUUAAAGAGAACUGUGUCACGAAAUCUCUCAAAAUUCAAACAGUAGUAUCUAACAUCAACUUGAGUAAAAUUGGACUGGGUGACUUCUCAAAACAUCGAAAGAAGGUAUAAAUAAAGGCAAAUACAAAAGAAACCACGGAUGGAUAAAGUUAAAAACCUGAAAAUCAAUCGCAAUACAGGCUUCUUAGCCUAACAGCUUUUCAAAGUUCAUUUUACUAAUAAUUGUUUGUUUGGAGGGCAUAUUUGUUAGACAAGAAGCUGUAAGCUGCUAACGUUAAGUUCCAUAGCGCAGAAUUCAAUUCAAUUUUUAUUCACACUUUUAUAAAAUAUUUACAUUAUAUAAAGUAAGGUAGGAAUACACUAAUAAAGGAGAAGAAGAAGGAAAAAAGAAAAUUAAAGGCUUGGAUAAAAGUGUACGAUGGUCAGAGGAGCUUAGCUUUCGAGCUAACCACCGCAUAAGGACUCGUAUUGAUGAAUGAACUAGACAUACAUGACACAGCCCUCCAGCUUCUGAUAUAUGUGGAAUCGGACUAAAACCAGUUUUAUGAUUCUGUUUUUAGACUUUGUGGAUUUUUCUUCUCGACAUUACUUUAAGAAUUAACUCUCGCAUAUUUUAUUUGUGUUUUAGAUCAGAAAGAUCAACUUUCAGUGUCACAGUCUAUCACCACAAGUGCCAAGCAGAUUAAGCUGUAUAAUAAGGAAGAAGUAUAUUACUCCUCCUUUUUAAAUAGCAUUAAAAAGCUUCAGCCCCAACUCAGUACGCGCAUGCGUGUAUAGAUACAUCAAACUCGUUCCCAAGCUACUUGUUAUGUUCAUUUGUUAUUGGAUGGUACAACAACUCCUUAUGAGUUUCCAAUAAAAAUCAAAUUUUUGCUAUACUUCUAAACCCGUGUAUGUUAGAAACGUCGUGGGAAAACAGCCGGGAGAGAUUCUUGAAAAUUUCUCAAACUGUUUGUUGAAGUGUUGUACUGUAUACAUCCACUGGAAAUUUGCUUUAAUCCGCGAUACGGAAAAAGAUGACGCCACGCAAGGAACUCUGGGUUGGUCGACAUGUCGGCCGCGAAAAAAUGUAAAUAAUAAAACAAUUACCCUGAUAGGUCUAACAGUCAAUAUUUAUAAUGGAAAAUUAUACAUUGAGAAAAUUUCCCUUGUUAUGCGAAUCAAGUAAAUGACGUAAAUUCACUCUAAAAAAUCCAUUGCCUCAUUUGAGGGAUACGACGAUAUUUUCUAAAACUGCCCCUUGUGCUUAUUUAAUGGUCCAUCACAAAUUCUUGGAUCUGCCCAAUUCGUCUAAUAACUUACUACUUUUGUCAGGCUGAGUUGGUUCUUAAAUUUUUGGUACUUGAUUGCCCAAAUAUCAUCCUGAUGUCUUAAAUAAACUAUCUAUGAUAUCUAUCAUUUCUAUCUUCAGCGUUCCGUAUUUCUCAUAAACUCAACCUGUAAACCUGUCAUACUGAGUCUCCAACUGGUCGAUAUGUACAAGAACCUGGAGAAGGGACAAGAAUGGUCCCUGGAAUUCCCGCUGUCCUGGUAAGUCAGAACACAUGUACUUGAUGUGAGCAAAGUAGGUUUAACUCUUGACUAUCCAAGGUUAUAAAUAUAUAUGGUUUUCCCGAGAUUUAAUUCUCUAUUUUGGAGUUUCCUUUCUAGUAAGAUUUAAAUAAUUUCUGCUUUUUUUUCAUAACAGUUCUGGAGCUACAAGUCUCAAUUACUACGGAAACUGCUCCGUCAAAAUAUAUCACACGUGUCGCGAAGUCACAACUCAUGUGAAAACCGUGAAGUUCGAGUUUAUGGACGGUAAGAUGUUAAGCUCUUUUUACGAAUUCGAUUCGAAUAAAUUGGGGUAAGGAGAUUGUAAUAUGCUUGAGAUAUGCGAAAUUGAAGAAAUGAAAACAGAUUCAGAUUUUUUCUGAUUUGAUAUUUGAUACUUUUAAUCCUCAUUUUGAAUUGGUGGAUGGGUAACAACCGGCCAGGUAGAGGCUAAUAAACAGUAUCUUAAAUCAUAAAAGGACGUUAGGUUGCUCUUCCCAGUGCAUGGUUUCAUGCGUUAUCGAUACAAAAGAAAUUGAUACUGCGGAGACUUUCUGAGAGGAGGAUGUGGCUGUACCCAGGCUGCCGAGACUGAGUUAAUUCAACCUCUGUUGCGUGGGUGCCCUGUGCUCACCAUUUUUUUUAAACAAAGGAGUCCUGGUUUAUUUGUUUCAUAACUGUAUUUUGUAUUAGUGCCAUGCUCCAUACAGACUUCCCUUUUGUUUCUCUUGUAACUACUCCAGCAUAACAGGUAAACAAAAGUAGCGCCUUUCGUUUGAUGAAUGGACACAUGAUCCUAAUGAUCCGAGUUUACCCUUGUGACGCCCUUUAGAAAACCAAGAAAUGCUUCAAUGGUACAGACCUUAAAGACAGUAGAGCGCGGGAUAUACUUUGCAGGAGAGAAUAAUUCUCUCUGGACUUUUGCCAUUUAUAGUCAGAAAAAUCACAGAAGAGAAAAUGACACUUCUUAGCAUGUAUUAUGUAUCAUAUUAUUUUCACAGGCGAAAUUCCGGAAUGUGAAUAUGUGAAGAGUCUUUUGGGCAAAAUAGCCCGGAAUAGUUUUUCGGCCUCUUUAGGAGUCAACGAUGACUGGUCAGCGGCAUUGUCCCUAGCUGCAAUGGUGGAAGUACUUUUGAUCAUAGGAACGCUUCUUGUAAAGGUAGUCUCUAAUUUCAAAAACGAUUAUUCCCAGGAUUUUCGUAAUAGUCGCAUGGGACCAAACACAAAAUAAAAUAUUUUGACCAAUCAGCAACGACUGUGACCGACCCGAUACUAGAAGUGGAUACUGGCUUACUACAAGAUAUAUAUUUAUUUAUGCAUUCAUUCCUUCAUUUAUUUUCUGACUUUCUUGACCGAGAAAAAGGCGCAAGAAGCCUUACUCAAUACUUCGAGUACCUGAAGGCUAGACCAGGCAAUCUCCAAACUCACUUUCCAGCUCACAAGUUUAGGAUCUGGAAAAUCAAAUUCACUGAACACACCCUGUUUGCUUGUUUGUUUAUAAAUUUGUUUGUUUGGUUGUUUUUAUUGCCCAUUUUGUACUUUACCGACCGCAACAUUUGUGUGUGUCAAUCGCCAUUUCUUACUUAUAACGUAAAAAAUAAUUUUUCUACACUUUUUUCAGUUUGUUUAUGUAGGGCUUACCAAAGGCUGGAAUUCCUCCAAGAAGGAAUUUAGUGAUCGAGUGUUUAACGCCUUGAGUUUGAAACGUACCUCAUCACAAGCCAAAGACAAAUCAGAGAAAGAUGUGACUGAAGCUAACGAUGGCGCUUGUCCGUUGGAAGAGAAUCAUAAUUAA